UUGGUUUUCACUGUUUUGUAAAUUGUAAUACAUAGAAGAAACCCUAAUACACCUAAAAAAACCCAAUCUCCAUCGAGAAACAUGAGAGGUCUCUUCCGAACUACGAGAUCAAUCGUGUCCAAUUUAUUGUUCAAUGGAACCAGCACCACCGUUGCACCGCGCAGAACAAAUCGAUCAUACAGUCUGAUCCCGAUGGUCAUAGAGAAUUCUUCUAGAGGUGAGAGAGCAUAUGAUAUCUUCUCUCGUCUUCUCAAAGAACGAAUCGUUUGCAUCAAUGGACCUAUCUCCGAUGACACUGCACAUGUCGUUGUUGCUCAGCUUCUAUUUCUUGAAUCUGAAAAUCCUUCUAAGCCCAUUCAUAUGUAUCUCAAUUCCCCUGGCGGGUCGGUAAGCGCAGGGCUUGCUAUUUACGACACUAUGCAGUACAUUCGGUCUCCGAUCAAUACCAUCUGUUUAGGUCAGGCUGCAUCCAUGGCUUCUCUGCUCUUGAGUGCGGGUGCCAAGGGUCAGAGGCGUUCUCUUCCAAAUGCUACAAUCAUGGUUCACCAGCCUUCUGGUGGAACCGGUACUUCCCAGGCAAAGGAUAUUUUGAUUUAUGCCAAGCAGAUUGGUCGAAUGUGGGAUCAGUUGAAUGAAUUGUACGUCAAGCAUACGGGCCAACCACUUGAUGUUAUUCAAAAAUAUAUAGACAGGGAUUAUUUCAUGACAGCUCAAGAGGCGAAGGAGUUUGGAAUUAUUGAUGAGGUUAUGGAUCAAAGACCUGUGACAUUAGUUUCUGAUGCUGUUGAUGGUGAAGCCAAAGAUAAAGCUUCAAAUUAGGAUUGGAGGGUAAGGUUUCUUUAAAGAAUCGUUGCUGUAUUUAAAUGUUUGUCUGCCACCUUUGACAUUUGUUGCGGUCGGUAUAAUUUUAUCAAUUGAACAUGAUCUUUGUAAGUUUUGGUUAUUAGAAGUUAGCAUUAAGCUUCAGUAUUUGUGCUCAAUUUGGUUUUAUUGGCAUAUUUUUUGCGACAGAUUUUGAGCUUUAGGUACAUUUGUCUUUAACUUCCUAAUUAUCCAUAAUAAUAUCAGCUUAUUGUUUCA